AUGGCUGCCAACGAGACCAAGAUAUCAGGCAUCACCACCAACGCCCUCACUGGCGAGCGCCAUAUACCAGCGUCAGUCCGAGCUGAUGGCUCCCAGAGGCGGGAAAUACGAAUUAGACCGGGAUAUAGUCCACCGGAGGACGUGGAACUGUAUAGAAACCGUGCUGCCGCUUCGUGGAAGAAUCGUGGCAAGGCAGGCAUACCCGGGGCAGAGCCAGCAGUGAACGAGGACACGGCUUCGUCAACGAAGAAUCCAAAGAAGAAAGACGCUAAAAGCAAAGUCAAGGCGAGCAGCGAGGGUGUGUCUCAGAAAAUAGGCAAAGGCACGGCUCUGGACAAGGACAACUGGAGGCUGGCGGCCAGUAAAAACACAGCCGGCGGGCCGAAGCAAAAGGAAGAGCCCGAAGUUGACCCUGAGGUUGAACGAGAAAAGAAGGCCCGAAACCUGAAGAAGAAACUGAAGCAAGCUCGGGAGCUGCGAGAUAAGAAGGACAAGGGCGAAAGCCUUCUACCCGAGCAACUGGAAAAGAUCAUCAGAAUCAACGAGCUGGUGCGGCAGCUGGAGUCCCUCGGCAUCGAAGCUGAUGACGAGAAGAAAGUUGACCCAGCCGAAUCCAAGUGA